AUGGAUUCGGACUCGGAAUCAUAUGAAAAAACAGGCGGAAAACCCUCAAAGGACAUACUUGAGCCCGCCGUCCUCUUUUUAUCAGGCCAGUCUGUCCUGACUGAGGCUGCAACUCCAACGCCGCUUUACCAAUUGAAGAGUGACAUCACGUCAAUCGCAAACAAGGACUCGUCCGUGACACUUGAAAGAGUCGAGCACGAUGUACCUGAGCUCGAGACUGAGAUAGAGGGCGUCACUGCUGGCACGGCGCGAAAGAACCAUCUAUUCUACCUCGCACACCCUGUGAAUGCGCAAUACCGGACCGACAUACCUUCUAGGUAUUACAUUACUUCUGCGGUACCCCCGAUGCUGGGCAAUAUUCGCCUCGAGACUUCUGAGGCACGGUUCCAAAGGACGUCCUUCAAAGCGAUGUUAAGCCCGAAAAGAACCGCCUCGGAUAAGCCAUUAUUUGACGAGGGCACACAACAACUCCUAUUGUUUGAUAUCUACCCAGAUUGGAAAAUUGGUCGCAAUUGCUAUAGGUGGAGCGAUUCCAAAGGCAGACAGGCCGCUAUUGAAGAAAAAGAGAAUGACAGGUAUAAAUUAUCCAUUACGAGAAGUAUGCCGCAGGAGUUGAGGGAUGCACUGGUUGCUACAUGGCUGUUAAGGCUGUGGCACAACACGGCCGAGAGUAAACAAGCAAAAAGGGAAUUCUUUGAAAGCAUGACAUCACCAGAGGCGUAUAAAGAAAGCAUGAAUCCAUAUACGCCGAGGCAGUGCAUAAUUAUGUGA